GUGUAUAUAUAUAGUGUGAGAAACAGUUGAAGUGGGUGUAAGGUGUAAGGUGUACGAGAUUAAUUACUAUGGGAAAUUUAAGAGGAAUUUUUGAAAAGGUUAAGCCGUAUGUACUUAUGGUGUGUCUGCAAUUUGGGUCUGCUGGUAAUCUCAUAAUCAGUAUGGCCACUCUCAAUCAUGGCAUGAACCGCUACGUGCUCAUCGUCUAUCGCAAUGCUAUUGCUGCACUCGCACUUGCUCCUUUCGCUCUUCUUCUCGAAAGGAAAGUGAGGCCGAAGAUGACAUUGAAAAUUUUCUUCCAAAUAAUGAUCCUCGGAUUUCUAGAGCCAAUCAUUGACCAAGGUUUCGGCUACUUGGGGAUGCAAUUCACAUCAGCCACAUUUACAUCUGCAAUUAUGAACGCUGUGCCCUCUAUUACCUUCAUAAUUGCUGUCAUUUUUAGAUUAGAGAGAGUAAAGAUGAAGGAAGUGAGGAGUCAAGCGAAGAUGAUUGGGACACUUGUAACAUUCGGAGGAGCUUUGCUUAUGACGCUAUACAAAGGCCCUGUCCUUAAUCUACCCUGGUCAAAAGACACCUCCCCUCACGGCACCUCUUCUCACAACCAUACAAACUGGGUUGCCGGCACACUCCUAAUUCUUCUGGGUUGUGUUGCAUGGUCCUGUUUCUACGUCUUACAAUCUAUAACGAUUAGCAAGUACCCGGCAGAGAUCUCACUAUCAUCGUUGAUAUGUUUGGCCGGCACCUUACAAAGUGCAGCCAUUGCGGUGGUUGUGGAGCGUCGAUCUAGCGGAUGGGCUGUUGGCUGGGAUUCCAGGCUUUUUGCACCCUUAUACACUGGAAUAGUGAGUUCGGGAAUUACGUACUAUGUACAAGGAGUCGUGAUGAAGACGAGAGGGCCGGUGUUCGCAACAGCAUUUAACCCUCUUUGCAUGAUCAUCGUAGCUGCACUCGCUUCUGUUAUCCUAGCCGAACAAGUUUACUUCGGAAGUGUGAUUGGAGGAGUGAUAAUAGCAAUGGGUCUAUACUGCGUCGUUUGGGGUAAAAACAAAGAUUACUCUUCCCCUACGAAGGGUUCUGCCAUUGAUCAUCCCCAACAGCAAGAAUUACCAGUUACGACUACUAAGGCACCAUCAACUCCUUGAUGAUUUGGAAGUGAAACAAAUAUGUAUCUGCAUUUGUAUGUGUAUAUGUAUUUUAUUGCAUGGUUUUUAUAAUCGCGUCAAAUACAUCAACAUGUAU